CCCCAGACCCCAGACCAUCCUGCCCCUCCAGGGUCUAGACCCAAACGCGCCCCCCUCCCCCAUUGAUCCAUCUCCAAGGACCACUGAGCCACCGUGAAGGUGUCCCUUCACCCUGACGCUUGGCAACGGUUGCUAAGGCUGAAUCAGGCACCUCCCACUACCCCCCCUGCUGCGAGCCACGUCACUUCCGCCGGCGACCCCUUCUCCACCGGGUUCCCACCCCCCCACCCCCACCCCUGCAGCCUGUCAAAGGAUCGCAGCGACCCCGCGGAGGCCCUAGACAGGUGCUUGCCUGCUCCCUCAGGGGCUCGGGCCCGAGGGCGCCAUGGCCCCUGGCCUGUCGGUGCGGGAGAUGAGAGAGGAUGAGAAGCCUCUGGUGCUGGAGAUGCUGAAGGCCGGCGUGAAGGACACGGAGAACCGCGUGGCCCUGCACGCCCUGACCCGGCCCCCCGCCCUGCUCCUCCUGGCGGCAGCCAGCAGCGGCCUGCGCUUCGUGCUAGCCUCCUUCGCCCUGGCCCUCCUCCUGCCCGUGUUCCUGGCCGUGGCUGCCGUCAAGUUGGGCCUCAGGUCCCGGUGGGGCUCGCUGCCCCCUCCCGGUGGCCUGGGGGGCCCCUGGGUGGCGGUGCGUGGCUCUGGCGACGUGUGCGGCGUCCUAGCCCUGGAGCCCGGCACCAACGCGGGCGACGGGGCGCGGGUCACCCGCCUGUCCGUCUCCCGCUGGCACCGACGCCGCGGCGUGGGCCGGAGGCUGCUGGCCUUCGCGGAGGCCCGAGCACGCGCCUGGGCAGGGGGCAUGGGCGAGCCUCGGGCGCGUCUCGUGGUGCCCGUGGCCGUGGCCGCCUGGGGUGUGUCGGGCAUGCUGGAGGGCUGCGGGUACCAGGCGGACGGGGGCUGGGGCUGCAUGGGCUACCUGCUGGUGCGAGAGUUUAGCAAGGACCUGUGAGCCCAGCAGGUACGGAGGGCCUCCUGCGGCCCCUCCCGCCCAGGGUCAGCCUGACCAGUCCCCUGCCUUGGACACCUCCCUGCCCCGCCCUCUCCGGCCUGG